GACAGAUGGACAGACAGAAAGCUAGACAGAGGGACGACCAUGGACACAUUACCAGGGUACCAUCACAUAAGCUCUUCUGUUCUCUGACCAGUAGAGCUAAAAAUAUGCUGUUCACAGUCAGGAAGUAAAAAUGUUUUAAUUUUUUUGUUCUUUUUUAACAGGUUACAUUCCCUACAGAAAUCCUGUGAUAGUUUCCCCACCUGUUUAAUUAUUGUAAGCGACAUUGAUGGAGUGAAAACUGUUGUAGCUCACAGCAGAUUAUCAAAAGUUCAGGGGAAAGCCAACUCAUGUUUAGUGGAAUCAGUUGUUGUAAAGAAAAGUCUACGGGGCAAAGGAUAUGGAAGGAAAAUUAUGCUUGAAACGGAAAAAUUUGCAAAGAGCAAAGGAAUCACAACGAUAUAUCUGAGUACCCAUGACAAGCAGAACUUCUACAAACAUUUAGGAUACGCCUUCUGUGACCCUAUAGUCAGCUUUGGUGUCAAUACAGACAUUUUACCUGAAGGUUUUUUGCUAAAGUUUUUACCAGAGAACUCGGCUGAGAGAGACAGUAGCAAAAGUUCUGAGAAUACCUCCAUUCCUACCUCAGGGUCACCUGUAGUGCCCCCCUCUGUAGCCCCACCCCCACCACCACCUCCUCCCCCACCCACACGGGCCACCCAGAAAGAAAGACCGGAUAUAGUUAGAUGGGAUCCUAGUGCAAUAUCGUGGAUGAAAAAAGAUCUAUAAUGUGAGAGAUGCCAUGUAAUUUUUUGUAUUUUAUGAAUUUAUAGAAUUUUUUAUCCCCUGCUUCAUUAUAUAUAUUUUAAUCCCUGUGUAUUUCAGUCCUUGAAAUGUAGUAAAUUAUAUUUUGUAUUUGUAAAUUUCUUACCCUUUGUGCAAUAUACAGUAACAUGUAAUAUGUUUCAAACA